AUGGACUUAGAUCCUUGGAAUCCUGAAAUACUACCUUAUUUGUACCCAGACUGGGACCCAUUAAAAGAAUGCAAUGUAACUCGUAUUAUGCAUACAGAAUUAAAAAAUGGCUCAAUUCGAAUGCUUGAUAACACGACGUCAAAAUGUGAGUAUCGAUGCCUUUAUAAAGACGGCGAAACGAAUUUUAUAAGCGGUAAAUGGACAGAAAUGGAAAAAAAUGUGACAUAUUAUGAAAGUUGUGAUUUUAUCGAAACACACUGUACAGACGGAAAUACGACCACGUUUCGUUAUAUUCAUGUUCAGAUAGUAGUUGGUCGUAAAAGUUUGAUUCGGAUUUACUAG